AUGUCAAAGACCUCAAGGGUUCUCUGGUUCGCCGGCCUCGUUGCCAACGUCGCCGCUACAGACCUCGAGGGGUUCAUCACCCAGCAGAGGGGCAUCGCUCUUGAGAGCGCUCUGAACAACAUCGGUUCCAAUGGUUCCUGGGUCCCAGGUGCCAGCGCUGGCGUCGUUGUAGCCAGCCCAUCCAAGGCUGACCCCGACUAUUUCUACACCUGGACACGUGAUGCCGCGUUGACAAUGAAGAUGAUUGUCGACGAGCUCAUUUUCGGCCACAAGGAGCUUCAGAUCUACGUCGAGGACUACUACCGCUCCCAGGCUGUUCUGCAGACCGUCACGAAUCCUUCUGGGUCCUUCCUGCCGUCUGGCCGCGGUCUGGGCGAGGCCAAGUACACCGUCAAUGGCUCACGCUUCAACGGCGCAUGGGGUCGUCCACAGAGAGACGGCCCGGCAUUGCGGGCCAUUACCCUCAUCACCUACUCCCACUGGCUUCUGGACAACGGUGAGCAAGCCAAGGCCAAAGACAUCAUCUGGCCCAUCAUUGCCAACGAUCUGUCCUAUACCGGCCAGUACUGGAACUCGACGGGCUUCGAUCUCUGGGAGGAGGUCUUAGGCUCCAGCUUCUUCACGACCCAGAACCAAUACCGCGCCCUUGUCGAGGGUGCAUCGCUCGCGAAGUCUCUCGGCGUCGAGUGCACAGGGUGUGAGCUGGCACCCGACGUCUUGUGCUUCCUUCAAUCGUUCUGGAACGGCAACGAGGGGUACUACACCGCCAACACCAACACUCAAGUUCAGCGCUCAGGCAAGGACGCCAACGUCAUGCUGGGGUCCAUCUCCGUCUUCGACAUCACCGCCAGUUGCGAAGACCCGUCAAUCCAGCCAUGCCACAGCCGAUCAUUGAGCAGCUUCAAGGUGUUGGUCGACUCUUUCCGCAACGCAAGUCUAUACCCCAUCAACGAGGGCAUUUCCCAGGACAAGGGCGUUGCUCUUGGCCGCUACACCGAGGACAUUUAUUUUAACGGAAAUCCUUGGUACCUCAUCACCCUCGGUGCCGCCGAGUUCCUUUACGAUGCAUUGGCCCAGUGGGAUGCGCAGGGCCAUAUCAAGGUAGACGCGACCUCACUGCCCUUCUUCGCCGACUUGUACCCGUCCGUCAGGGAGAUAGCCUACCACAAGAACAGCAACGCAUCUGGCGCCUACACCAGCAUCACCGGCGCCGUCAGGGCCUAUGCCGACUCCUUCAUCGAAGUCGCACAAAAGUACACUCCUGCCAAUGGCUCUCUCGCCGAGCAAUUCGACAAGGCAACGGGCGCCCCCCUCUCGGCACGCGACCUCACCUGGUCCUACGCCUCUUUCAUCACUAUGGCCGAGCGCCGUGCCGGCCAGUACCCCCCCAGCUGGGUACCCGCCUCGGUCGAAGUGCCGGCUACCUGCGCCGCCUCCUCAACCACGGGCGUUUACGUCCCCGCCGUGGCGGCCGGCGCGCCUGAUGUGACUGGCACCUGCACCCACCCCGUAACGUUCCUCGUCAACGCUACGACCUACUUCGGGGAGAAUCUCUACAUCCUCGGAGACAUCGCCGAUUUCGGCUCGUGGAACGUCGAGAACGCACAGCCCAUGACGGCAUCCGGCUACACGGCCGAAAGGCCGUUGUGGAGCGCCGAGGUCGAGCUGCCCGGUGGUCAGAACAUAAGCUACGUCUACGUGAGGCGCCAGAAUUGCGAUCAGGGCUACAUCUACGAGGAGACGAACCGCACGCUGACGGUGCCCCCCUGCAAUUCGACACAAAAGGUGGCGACGGACGACGCCUGGGUGGGCCGUCAAGGAUCGAGUGGCAGCUGCUAG